AUGGUGAACAUCAGUGAUUUUUUCAAAAAUAACCCUCAAUCGGGGUCUAAACGUAAAGCGCAAGGAGCAACUUCGCUGAACGCGACGAAGAGAGCCAAAACUGCACCUCCUCAACCAGAAACAGAGGUUAUCGUAUUGGACGAUGACGAUGAUGAUGUGCAAGUGAUUUCAAAACCUGUAAAGAAGGAGACGGAUAAAAGACUGACAAAAAGAAAGGCAUCCGCAAUUGACGAUGAUGAAGAUGAUGAUGACUACGACAAGCAUAACAAGCAAAACACCCAAAGAUCACCCAAGAAAGAAACAGUGUCUUCAGUACCGAAAAUGUCACCUAAAAAGAAGGCCUCAUCGUCAUCAAAAUCAACUUCAGCUACAAAAAAGACUAAUGUAGCAGCAGGUGGUACAUCAACGGUUGACACAGCUCAACAGAUUCUAUCAACUAUCCCUGACGCCGAAUUGCCAGACGUUGACCCUGCAAAAAAGGUUAACUUUUUUGCUCUAAAUGCAGCACGUAACGAGACGACGCAAACAGCAGUGGAUCUUCCAGAGGCACAGCCAAAUUGUUUGAUGGGAUUAACAAUUGUUUUCACUGGUCAAAUGCCUAAUUUGGAUCGUGGUACUGCAGAACAAACAGCAAAACAGUACGGUGCUAAAGUAACCAAGUCCAUUCUGGGUAAAACAAGCUUAGUGGUACUUGGAGCAGAUGCUGGUCCUUCAAAAGUUCAGAAAAUUAAGCAACUCAAAAUUAAAGCAAUUGAUGAAGCAGGAUUUAUCAAAUUGUUGGAACUGAUGCCUGCUGAUGGAGGAUCAGGUGCAGCUGCAGAAGCGGCCAAAUUGAAACGUCAACAGGAAGAAGCCAAGAUUAUUGAACAGGCAAAGGAGGAAGAGAGAAAAGAAAAAGAAGCGGAAAGAGCUAGAGCUGCCGAAAGAGCCAAAGCAACCACCAAAACCACAGGUGAAACAUUUGGUUCCCAAAAGCAAGAAGUCGCCGCUAAGGAUAAAUUGUGGACAGAUAGACAUGCUCCCACUAAUAUUAGUCAAUUAUGUGGUAAUAAAGGACAAAUUCAAAAAUUACAAAGUUGGUUGGAAAACUGGUUUCACAAUCAGGCAAGAGGGUUCAAGGGAAAUGCAUCAGACCCUGGUUCUUUCCGAGCAGUUUUGAUUAGUGGGCCGCCAGGGAUUGGUAAAACAUCUGCUGCACACUUAGUUGCCAAAAGUCUUGGGUUUGAUAUUAUUGAAAGAAACGCGUCUGAUGUUCGUUCCAAGGCUUUGUUAAACGCUAAUGUUAAAUCAAUUUUGAACAAUACUUCGGUUGUCGGAUACUUCAAACAUCGCGAUGACGCUGAAAAGAGUUCAAACAACAAAAAAUUUUGUAUAAUUAUGGAUGAAGUUGAUGGUAUGUCUAGCGGUGAUCACGGUGGAGCAGGGGCAUUAUCUCAAUUCUGUAAGAUUACCAGUAUGCCAAUGAUUUUAAUUUGUAAUGACAAAUCCUUGCCCAAAAUGAGAACAUUUGAUAGAACCACCUAUGAUUUACCGUUCAGAAGACCAAGUGAGAUAGAAGUCAGGAGCAGAUUGAUGACUAUUGCAUUCAGAGAAAAAGUCAAGUUAGAUCCAAGUGUUAUUGGACAAAUGGUGCAAGCAACAUCUAAUGAUAUUAGACAAAUGAUCAAUUUAUUAUCAACUGUUUCCAAGACACAAAAGCAAAUUGGUGCAGACACCAUGAAGGAAGUUAAAGAUAGUUGGCAGAAGCAGGUUGUAUUGAAACCGUUUGAUAUUGCUGCAAGAUUAUUGAAUCUGGGUAUAUGGUCGGAUCCGAGACUGUCAUUAAAUGACAAAUUAAAUUUGUAUUUUAAUGAUUUCGAUUUUUCUCCAUUAAUGAUUCAGGAAAACUAUUUGAUAACCAAUCCAAGAUUGCCUGGUAAACAAAUUGAUCUUGUGGCUCAAGCAGCAGAGGACAUCAGUAUAUCAGACACUGUCAACUCGUUGAUAAGAUCUGGUGAACAACAAUGGAGUUUGUUACCUUUCCAUGGUAUUAUGUCCACAGUUAAGCCUAGUUAUGAGGUAGCAGGUCAAAUUACUGGUCGUUUGAACUUUAGCAGUUGGUUAGGACAGAAUUCGAAACAAAUGAAAUAUCAAAGAAUGCUACAAGAAUUGCAGUAUCAUACAAGGGUUAGAACUUCAACCACAAAACAAGAAUUGCGUCUCGAUUACUUAGAUGCAUUGUGGCAGAAAGUAGUUAAACCUAUUUAUGACAAUGGAGAAGAAGGAUUUGAUGAAGCAAUUGCAACUAUGGAUGAAUAUUAUUUGACAAAAGAGGAUUUUGAUAAUAUUGGGGAUAUGAUCAAACAAGAUUUGAAAUUAACUACUACAGCUAAGACUGCGUUUACUAGAAAAUACAAUAACAUGGUGCAUCCAACCAUUAUUUUCAAAACCGGGAAUUCGUUGAAUGUUGGUGGAAAAAGGGCUGCUGCACCAAAAGUUGAUUUUGAAGAUGUCAUUGAUGAUGAUAUGGAGGAUGUCCCAGACGAUGAUGAGGGUCAGGAUACUGAUAAAAUUGAUACUAAAAAAGACAAGUUGAUCAAAAUAGUUCCCGUUUCGAAAUCUAGGUCCAAAUCAAAAUCAAAGUCGUCUACUGGACCAGCUAGGAAGAAACAAAAGAAAUAA